CACCGAUCAUGGAAAGAGCCGAAGAUGUUGGCUCGGUCAUGUGAUCAGCUGUCCAAUCACAGCUGAUCACAUGUACACUGAUCAUCAGGGCACUGAUGAUCAGUGUGCCCUGAUGAUCAGUGUAGCCCCAGCAGCGCCACCUGUCAGUGUCCAUCAGUGCCUUGUGUCAGUGCUCAUCAGUGCCUCGUGCCAGUACCCAUCAGUGCCACAUCAAUGCCACAUAUCAGUGCCUACCAGUGCCCAUCAAUGCCACAUAUCAGUGCCCAUCUGAGCUGCCUUUCAGUGUCACCCAUCAGUGCCAGUCAGUGCCACCUAUCAAUGCCAAUCAGUGCCACCUAUCAGUGCCAGUCAGUGCCGCCUAUCAGUGGCAGUCAGUGCCGCCUAUCAGUGCCCAUCAGUGCCACCUAUCAGUGUCCAUCAGUGCAGCCUAUCAGUGCCCAUCACUGCAGCCUCAUUAGCGAAUAUCAG